AUGUCUGGCCAGUUUUCAGCUGAAUAUAUUCGAAGUCAGCCAGAGUUUCAGUUUCUGGCCUGUAAGGAGCGAAAAGAAGGAAAAGCAAGCAUCAACCUCAAUGAUCUGUCACUGAGAAUAAUGGAACGAUCUGACGACAAAGAUACUUCGAAAUCGGAAGAUACCGGAAGUGCUAGAUCAACUCCGAGAAGUAGGGAGUUUGUCUUGCAGUCACAACCGUCUCCGUUUCGACCAGUUACCAGUCCAGAUGUGAACGGCUCUACGAGAACUUCGUCAAGAAGCUCGACGCCCUCCUUUACCCUGGCAUGUCCUACGGGAGACAAACGACGAUCAACUCCAAGACCCCAAACUGCUGUUCCCAUAUUUCCUCACUUCCUUAUGAGAGGAUACGGAUUGGAUGACGCCAAGAAAGAAAAUCCCGAUGAUGAACCUCGUCGAUUACGCCGAAAGAGUUCCAACUAUGAUCCUACAACGGACAAGACGCAGCAAUUUCUGAAAGGAUUUAGUCAAGCAAGCAGGACUCUGAUGCCAUUAAAGAGGGGUCUACGACGGGUGGAAGUUCAUUAUUCAGAGACGAACGUUCAUCAGAACGAUUCGAGAAUUUUCGCUGAUUUGAUCAAGAAUGCUCAUAAAGCCAACAUAAUUUGCCAAGAGAAUGUGGAUAAUUUGGAACGACGACUGUUAACAAAACGAACUGACUUAAAGAAAGCAACAACGUUUUAUGAUAUCUACCCAUUGCCACCGUCCUCUAUAGCACUUCCUAGAUCAGCUCGUAUCGGAGCUAGAACUGUGGCAGCAAAGAAAGAGGAGAGAAAGAAACGUAUUAAGAAGAAAGAUGAAAAGCUUAAACUGGGAUAUGAACCUAGAGUUUGGAGUUUGAAAUCACCAACAGAAGAAGAAUAUAAGAAUGUUGUUGAUUGUCGAUAUCUGCGAGUUUCUCCCAAAUACCAACCAGAACUGUAUGGAAUCAAGCAAGUGGAAUAUUCUGAAAGGCCCAAGACAGUUGGAUAG